AGUUAGCCUGUGUUUACCUUCUGUUAGUAAGUGUGAAGAUGGCCUCCCAAGUGUGUCAGAACUACCACAAGGACUGUGAGGAUGCUGUUAACAAGCAGAUCAACCUGGAGCUCUAUUCCUCCUAUGUUUACCUCUCCAUGUCUUCUUACUUUGACCGGGAUGAUGUUGCCCUGCGUCACUUUGCUGAUUUCUUCAAGGAGCAGUCCCAUGAGGAACGGGAACACGCUGAGAAACUGAUGGAAUUCCAGAAUAAACGUGGAGGCCGAGUCCUCCUGCAGGAUGUCAAGAAGCCAGAGCAGGAUGAGUGGGGCAAUGGUCUGGAGGCAAUGCAGAGAGCUCUGCAGAUGGAGAAGGAUGUGAACCAGAGUCUGCUGGAUCUGCACAAACUCUCCUCUGGCCACACGGACCCUCAUCUGUGUGACUUCCUGGAGAGGCACUACUUGGAUGAGCAAGUGAAGAUGAUCAAGAAGCUGGGAGAUCACAUCACCAACCUGAAGAGACUGGGAGCCCCUGAGAAUGGCCUGGGAGAGUACCUGUUUGACAGGCUCACCCUGAGGAUAAAUGAUCUGCUUUGGUUACAUGAAUUGAUGAGGACAAGAGGCCGAUGGACCCCUGCAAGUACCCUCUUCAAGGAACAGUCCCAUGAGGAACGGGAACACGCUGAGAAACUGAUGGCAUUCCAGAAUAAACGUGGAGGCAGAGUCCUCCUGCAGGAUGUCAAGAAGCCAGAGCAGGAUGAGUGGGGCAAUGGUCUGGAGGCAAUGCAGAGAGCUCUGCAGAUGGAGAAGGAUGUGAACCAGAGUCUGCUGGAUCUGCACAAACUCUCCUCUGGCCACACGGACCCUCAUCUGUGUGACUUCCUGGAGAGGCACUACUUGGAUGAGCAAGUGAAGAUGAUCAAGAAGCUGGGAGAUCACAUCACCAACCUGAAGAGACUGGGAGCCCCUGAGAAUGGCCUGGGAGAGUACCUGUUUGACAGGCUCACCCUGAGCUGAGUGGGAUUCUGGAAUCACUUGUUCUGUAAUUCAAUUCUGCUUCUCUUGUAUUGAAUAUGGAAAUAAAAGUAUUAUUGAGCUGG